AUGGACCAUCACUCAAAACCAGCUACAUGUACUAACAGCACCAGUGUUGAAUUUGUUGGUUACAUACAUGUUUCUCCUGUGUAUAACAAAAAGUUCUUUGAAUGCCAAUUACAAACAAUAACUAGAGUAGUGUGCUUUUCACCAAGAAAGCACAAGAUUUUCACUGAUUACAGUGGAAAGAAGAGCUCCAUAAGAGUCAAAAAGUUCAAUGCGGACACCUCUUCAAACACCAAUGAUAUGUUGAUGGGAGAUACUGUCAUAGUUCAACACUAUCCACAACUUGACUCUCCAGAUCAGAGAUUCAAUCUUCAACCAUGCUUUCAUCAGUCAAAUCAAUGUUUAAAGGCCAAAGUUACCAACAUGUCCAAAGAGGAAAAGGCAGGAGAUUUAACUCUUGUGAACUGUACCCUGCUUGACCCUACAGCUUCAGUCAGAAUGGUAUCGUGGGAGAAUUUUAUUAACCAAGUAGAAAACAACCGUACAUACGUGUCCCAUAAUGUAACAGUAAGAAAGGACAAAUAUCACUACAACAUUUAUUUGAACACUGCUAAAUAUGGAACAGAAGUAAAGCUCACACAAGAUUUUACUGAGGUCUUAGCUAUGCCACUAACUCAAGAUACCACACAAUUUGUAUCCACAACCAUCGAGGGAGAAAUAUUGGGAAUCACUACCAUAAACUCAUAUUUCUCUUGCUUUAAGUGCAACAAGAAAACUAGAACAAUCUACUGCAGCAAUAUAUUUAGAGUGCAAAAAUUGCCACUUAACCCUUUAACUCCCAAGAUCUCAUUUGUAAUUCUCCUUACUGUCUGCCAUACAGUUCUCAUGAUGCUUGUUUGGAGAAUUUGGUAUUGGAUCAAUUUAUAUUCCCUUAACUUAUAA